GCCCAGUUUAAUGGAGGAGAAAUGAGGCAGUCUUCCCCUUCUCCAUCUUCAAGUGAUCGCCGCCGACAGCUCCGGGCACCAGGGGGAGGCUUCAAACCCAUCAAGCAUGGUAGCCCUGAAUUCUGUGGAAUCCUGGGGGAAAGAGUGGAUCCAACUAUCCCACUUGAAAAACAAAUCUGGUAUCACGGAGCAAUCAGUCGGACAGAUGCAGAAAACCUCUUGCGGUUGUGUAAAGAAUGUAGCUAUCUUGUGAGGAACAGUCAAACCAGCAAGCACGACUAUUCACUUUCAUUAAAGAGCAACCAAGGGUUUAUGCACAUGAAGUUGACGAAAACCAAAGAGAAAUACAUUUUGGGCCAGAAUAGCCCUCCCUUUGAAAGUGUGCCAGAAGUGAUCCACUACUACACAGCAAAAAAACUCCCAAUAAAAGGAGCUGAACAUUUGUCACUCCUUUAUCCUGUGGCUGUCCGGACCUUAUAAUUGCUCUGACCCAUGCUCCUUCCUGUGGAUUGGAGGUGAGGGGUGAAGCGGCAGCAGAAAGUGCAUCGGCAGUCUCUUCCGCCAAGUUGAUUGGAGCAGAAGAGAUGCCCAGUUCUGCCUUUCAGAAGAUGCAGACUGAGGUUUAGUAGUAAGAACAGAAUCAUUGCACUACUUUGCAUGUCCCUGUGUGAAAAUGUUGGUUAUUUAUAUGAAAGGAGAUGGCAUUCAGAAAUGGAAGAAAUGCUGCAUCUUCUCGGACUCUCCCACCACCUACGCACACACGCACCCUGCGAAUGGAAAAAUCUGCCAAAUCCAAAGAAUGGCCUUCCAACGUCUCUGCCUCUGACCAAGAGCCUGUCCUCCUCUUACCUGUGGAGGAUCAGGGGUCAGGAUAAUCUUCCAUGUGCCCAAAUAGAGUCUGCAAAUGGCCAACAAACUCUGUCAUGUGAGGCUAAAAGGCACCUGGCCCAUUGCCCUUGCUCAGCACAGAAGACCUGGGAACUUUGUGUUAUGCGCCCGUUCCAAAAUUUAUAUUGACUUUUUCAUGCACAUUUUAAUUCAACCUGAGGAUCCCGCCCUUCCUUUUUGGUCACAAUGAUGAUGUAAUUUGAAUUUCAUUUCGCAAUGUCAAAAAGUAUUCAAUUAUUUAUGAAUAGGGUAUGUGAUUAAAUAGUGGUUUAAUAUAUAUAUAUAUUUUUAUCCCCUUCUCUCCUUUUUUUGGUACAAUAGUAAAGCUCAAAGGGUUUUCUGUGCUGAUUCCUAGAUUUAAAAGGCAGCAAGCCAGUUCCGUUUUCUGUUGUGUGUGUACAGUGUCAGUGAAGUUGGUUCAGUGAUUUGUGGGGAGGGUGUGGGAUCCGUGUGGUGAGGGUUGAUGUUUACAUGACCAGAUUUCAGACCUAACAAGGCUUCUUCAGGGCAGGCUUCCUCAAGCUGAAGACAGCACCUGUGCAGAUAGUUCUCCCUGCGUAGAUAGAUAUCCAGUGGGCUAGAGUGUUUUACCUCAGGGACGUGAGGCAAGCACAGAAAGAACAGCUGUCUUCUGCUUCUCCAGCAGAGGUGAACAAAUAGGUCAUGCAGGAAAAUGUAAGCCAGGGCUACUUUUUGCUUCCCUCUCAUGCAAGAGGGAAAAGCCUAUCAUGCACAAAGGUAUGGUUAGCAAUUGUUCUGCUCCUGCCUUCCUAACAAGCUGGAAUAACUGCAAUCAAAGGCUCUCUUGCCCUUGACCACAUAACUGCAGUUGGGCUUCUACCUCACCGGUGAAGUGUAGGUCCCUGCUUCCUCUUUGGCUAGCUCUUGGGUGUGUGAGGAUUUUGUGCCUCCUGGGCCAAAAACUUGGCCAAAUCUAAAGGAAGGGCAGCUGAAACCAGUGCCCACCAUCAGGUUCCUUUCUCCCUUUUACUAGCCUCCAAAAUAACUAUUCCCGUGACCUGACAUGAUUAUGGUGUUUUCCUAUCAGCAGCAUCCAGUGACGUAGAUCAUCAUGAGGAAAAUGUGCACCAUAACAUUGUGAGAGGGCAGUUAGUUGUACUCAACCUCAGCACUGGGCUGUUGUUUUCAAUGGUGGACACAAUUUUACUUCUGCUCAAUGGCCUACUGUGACAAGGGGAUCCCAAUGAAGCCUGACCCUGUGUCCCAACUUUACUCUCUCCGCAACACUGUGUGUGCAUUUCUCUGUUAGAGAUCUGUGUCAAGAUUCAGACUAUGAAUCUUUCACUCUUGGUUUGGUUCUACAUUUGCAAUAAGGCUGUGAAAUUAACCCACUGUUUUUUGCUGGGCUGUUUUUCAAACAUACAACUUCAUUUAUGUGCUGGUUUAAAAAGUGUAAUGGAAUAAUCAUUACUCCAAUGCCUAUGUAAAAUAACUGCUUCGUUGUACUGUACAAUGUGAAAAGAAGUCCUCAGAUGAUCUGGACUUAUAAAUAGUAUCUUUGUUGCCUGAUUCAUUUUAGCCUCAUGCAGACCAGUAUUUAAUCUGGUACUAAUUCCAGCAUUGUGAUUUACCUGUUUGAGGACAAAAAAUAAAUAAAUCUGUAAAAACGAA